AUGCCUUUUUCAAGUCGCAACAACAGCCGAAAGUUUAGGACGUCCGACUCAAUACACAGCGAUGAAGAUCCGCUCAUUGACGAAGAAGCAGCGCUUCAAGGAUCCUCCUCCUCACCGGCAUUAUCCCGUCGAGAACGAAUACAACCAACCAAACCUUCUCGAUGGAAGUUGCCUUCACUGUCUUGGCGGCCUGCACGCAAAUUGAAACCAAGAACGGUGCCAUUUCAAUGCGACGACAAACAAAAGAAAAAGUUUGCACCUAAUAUCAUUAUCAACCAAAAGUACAACUUCAUUACAUUUAUACCAAUGGUGCUUUACGAACAGUUUGUCGUUUUUUUCAACCUUUAUUUCCUCCUUGUCGCCUUGUCCCAAUUUGUCCCAGCGCUUAAAAUCGGCUAUAUCGUCACCUACUUUGGUCCCUUAUGUUUUGUCUUGCUCGUGACCAUUAGUAAAGAAGCAAUGGACGAUUACCAACGAUACAAACGCGACAAAGAAGCCAACUCACAGCAGUACCAAUGUCUAACCUCUUCCGGCACACGCAAUAUCCCCAGUUCCAAGAUCCGAGUCGGUGAUAUGAUUUUGAUUCAAAAAGAUCAACGAAUUCCAGCAGAUAUGGUUUUGCUGCGGACUACUGAAGAAAAUGGAGCGUGCUUUAUUCGUACCGAUCAACUGGAUGGUGAGACAGAUUGGAAAUUACGACUUGCUGUACCGUCCCUGCAACGACUGUCUUCCGACAAUGAAUUAAUGCACCAGCAAGGGAGCAUUUAUGCUGAUGCACCGCACAAGGAUAUUCACAAUUUUGUCGGCACAUUUACCCACAUUGACGAGGAUACGGGUUUGGAACAAGUGGAACCACUGGGGGUUGAGAACACCAUGUGGACAAACACUGUGCUAGCCUCUGGCUCCGCUAUUGGAUUCGUCGUUUACACGGGCAGAGAUACGCGAGCCGUCAUGAACACCAAUCAUCCCGAGACAAAAGUAGGUUUACUCGAUCGCGAAGUAAACCGACUCGCCAAGAUCUUGUUCCUCGUCACGCUUGGUAUAUCCAUUAUUAUGGUUGGUCUGAAUGGAUUCCAUGGGCUCUGGUACAUCUAUGUAUUCCGAUUCUUGAUUUUGUUUUCUUCCAUUAUCCCGAUCAGUUUACGUGUUAAUCUUGAUAUGGGUAAAACGGUGUACGCUCGUCAAAUUGAAAAUGAUGACGAGAUCCAGGGUACCAUUGUGCGUACCAGUACGUUGCCGGAAGAGUUGGGACGCAUCGAAUAUUUGCUGUCGGAUAAAACAGGCACACUCACGAAAAACGAUAUGGAAUUGAAGAAACUUCACAUGGGAACCAUGUCUUACAGCUUGGAUACAAUGGAUGAAAUUCAAACCCACUUGGCAACUGCUUUUGGUCAUCAUGAUGCCGGUGCCAAUACACUCAUCCCAACCGGGAGCGGGAUCAUGGGGCUGACUGGUAAAGGCCGUCGUAAUAUUUCAUCUCGUGUCAGGGAUAUCGUGCAAGCAUUGGCGUUAUGUCACAACGUUACACCAGUGGUGAUGGAAGAUGGCAGUAUUACGUACCAGGCAUCAAGUCCCGAUGAAGUAGCGAUCGUCAAAUGGACCGAGCAUAUGGGCAUGGCGCUGGUGGCGCGCGAUAUUGCAAAGAUCCAACUGCGAGUGAACUCGACGGGUGAACUGCUGGAUUUCGAUAUUUUAAACAUCUUUCCAUUCACCAGCGAAACAAAACGUAUGGGAAUCAUUGUGCGUGAGUGUCAAUCGGGCGAAAUCACCUUUUACGAAAAAGGUGCCGAUGCAGUCAUGACCCGUAUUGUCCAAUACAACGAUUGGCUGGAUGAAGAAUGUGGAAAUAUGGCACGCGAAGGCUUACGUACGCUUGUGGUUGCGCGAAAACGAUUAUCGGAUGAAGCUUAUGAGAGUUUCAAAGCGAGAUUCCAUGAAGCUGAAAUUUCGAUUCACGAUCGUAAUGCUCUCAAACAGACUGUCAUUGAAACAGUUUUGGAGACCGAUCUGGAACUGCUCGGUUUGACAGGUGUAGAAGACAAGUUACAGGAUGGGGUCAAGAAUACACUGGAAACAAUGCGGAAUGCGGGAUUAAAGAUAUGGAUGCUUACAGGCGACAAAAUUGAAACCGCCACUUGUAUUGCUGUUUCCUCGAAACUCGUGUCUCGUAACCAAAUGAUCCAUCAAGUUUCCAAAUUACGAACUGCCAUGGAAGCUUUGGAUGAAAUGGAUAAUUUGCAAUCCAAAACGGAUUGCGCUCUUGUGAUUGACGGAGAAUCGCUUCAAGUAUGCAUGGAUUACUGCAUGGAUGAAUUCAUCGACGUCACCACACGAUUACCAGUGGUCGUAUGCUGUCGCUGUUCGCCAACGCAAAAGGCGGAUAUCACCCGAUUGAUUAAGCACCAUACAAAGAAGCGGGUCCUAUGUAUCGGUGACGGUGGUAAUGAUGUGAGUAUGAUUCAAGCCGCUGAUGUUGGUGUCGGUAUUGUUGGCAAAGAGGGGCGACAAGCAUCCUUGGCUGCCGAUUUUUCAGUGACUCAAUUUAGCCAUCUUACGAAAUUACUAUUGUGGCACGGAAGAAACAGCUAUAAGCGAUCGGCCAAACUUUCCCAAUUUGUGAUUCAUCGCGGUCUGAUUAUUUCGGUGAUGCAAGCGGUAUUUUCAGCCUUGUUCUACUUUGCUCCCAUUGCUCUUUACCAGGGCAUGCUCAUUGUAGGCUAUGCGACCAUUUACACCAUGGCUCCCGUCUUUUCUCUCGUUUUGGAUCAAGAUGUGAAUGAAAAUAUUGCCCUUUUAUAUCCAGAAUUGUAUAAAGACCUGACAAAGGGACGAUCACUUUCUUACCGAACCUUCUUCACAUGGCUGCUGAUCAGUGUUUAUCAAGGUGGUGCUAUCAUGGUGCUGUCUAUUCUUCUAUUUGAAGAUGAAUUCAUCCAUAUUGUAUCUAUUUCAUUCACGGCUUUAAUUUUCAAUGAACUGUUGAUGGUGGCACUUGAAAUUAAUACCUGGCAUCGAAUCAUGAUUAUUUCCGAGAUAGUCACGAUGCUCAUAUAUAUUGGUUCGAUGUGGCUCUUGCCCACGUAUUUUGAUAUGUCAUUUAUUUUGACUGGGAGAUUCAUCUGGAAAGUGGCUGUCAUCACGGCUGUGAGCAGUUUCCCAUUGUAUAUUGCGAAAAUCAUCAAGCGUCGCUAUGCUCCCCCUAGUUAUACAAAGCUGACGUGA